CAGGAGCCACCACCACCAAAGAAACCCCAGGAUAGCGUUGUCCAACACCAUGAACCCCUAGACGAGGAUCCGACUCCUGGAGCCUUCCAAGGAGACAUGAUGUUAACAGAUGAUCAACUGAGACAAAUCGAGAUGGCCAUCGAUGAUCAGAAGGCUGGUCGUAAGAAGAGAAAAGCUGCCAUCAAUGAGAAUGCUCGUUGGACCUCAAACAUCGUUCCUUAUGAAAUCUCACCAUCUUCAAGUGGUGAUUCUACGGUGAUUCGUGCAGCCAUGGACCACUGGGAGCAGCAUACCUGCCUGAGAUUCGAACCACGAACUUCAUCACAUGCUAGUCAGCUAGGUCAUAACACCUAUCUUUCUUUCAUCAAGGGUGGUGGUUGCUGGUCCUAUGUAGGAAGGGUCUUCAAUGGUGAACAACAGAUCUCCAUCGGUUCAGGAUGUGAAUACCUCGGUAUUGUUGCUCAUGAGAUCGGACACGCCAUCGGGUUCCAUCACGAGCAGUCCCGACCAGACAGAGACGAAUACGUCAAUGUCCACUUUCAAAACAUCCGAUCCGGCUUUGAAGGCAACUUCGAAAAGUAUGACUGGAACGAAGUCACGACACGCAACGUCGAGUACGAUGUAGGCUCCGUCAUGCACUACGGAUCUCAUGGAUUCUCAGUAAACGGUCAACCAACUAUCACCACCAUUGAUCCUCUUCAAAUGCAUCUCCUUGGUAACCGAGAGGGUCUUAGUACUGCCGACAUCACACUAGCCAACCUCAUCUACGAGUGCGACAAUGAAUGUUCGACCACGGAGCAAUGUCAGAACGGUGGAUACCAUGAUAGCGACUGUAACUGCGUGUGUCCUCCAGGUUACAGCGGUGACUUGUGUCAGGAUGGUAGUGGACCUACCACCACACCACCAUGUAUCCAAAGAUUGACUGAUACACAGGGAGAAAUUACGUCACCAAACUACCCCAGUAACUAUGACAACGAUCAAGAAUGCAUGUACCUCAUUGAGGGAGCUCCAGGAAGCUCGAUCGAACUGACAUUCGUAGACAUGGACAUCGAAAACGAGAAUCUCUGUAGGUACGAUGCCGUCGAGGUACGCACAGACGACAUCAACAGUAUCGGAGAGAUCUUCUGUGGUAACACAAUACCCCCUGUCCAGAUCUCAAGUGGCAACCAGAUGUUGAUUUCUUUCACAUCUGAUUACAGCGUCACUGGGCGUGGUUUCAGAGCUACUUACGUCAUCCAGGGUGGUUCUACCACUGAGAUACCAACUACCAAUCCUCCAACUACCAAUCCUCCAGUCGUCGGGACAUGUGGAGGAAACUUUGUUGACAACCAGGGUUCAUUAGCAUCACCAAACUAUCCAAACAAUUACGAUAAUAACCUACAAUGUGUCUACGUGAUCGAAGUGGAGGCUGAUCGUCGAGUUGAGUUGACAUUCGCAGACUUCUCACUGGAGAAUCAGAAUACUUGUCGUUGGGACGCACUGGACAUCGAUCUCGGAGAUGGUGUCAAAGUUCCUAUGAAGAUGUGUGGAAGUGAGUAUCCAGCCGCUUCUUUGGUGUCAAUCGGUAACAGGAUGGAACUUACUCUGAAAACUGAUGGGUCUGUUAAUGAUAGAGGAUUCAGAGCAGACUACCGGGCUAUCGAGCUGUAAGACUAGUUAUCGUCUUUAUAUAAAAAGUAGUCUAAGGCCAUUAGAUUUCGAAAAUGUUACAUGCAACUAAAUAACAGUACAGUAAUCAUUUAUUUGAAUGCCAAAUUGCCACGAUUUAAUAUGAAUUUAAUGAAACCGUCAGGAACGGCUGGACAAGAAUAAACAAAAACAGAUUAUUUAUUAGUCUUGUCAGAGACAGAAGGGUGUUAACCUUUGUGUAUUGGAGAACAAAAAUAAACGGAUUAUAAUACUUUAAUUAUACAUGUGUAUCUAGAAGAAUAUCUGUAUUUUUCUUUAAGUUUAUCUAUUAUCAUAAUUGUUAGAACUCCAUUGUAUGUGCUUAAGAACUGAAAAAUUAGAGUAAAUAGUGCUUGUAGCUAUUCUGAUAAAAAUGUCUACUCAUAUUUCCUACUUGUUAAUUGUAUCUGUAUUAUCUUUUUAAAUUAAAGAUAUAUAUAUAUAUAUAUAUAUAUAUAUGUUUCGUCUGAGACGGCUGGUGAAAACAAUGUAAUGUAUGAAUAUCAACUAAUGUCGUAAACUUCAUGAAUUUUACAUUGAAUUUGCGUUUUAUCUCCUUUAAGUGCCGAUAUAAUGAUAAGCGCUUAUACGUUGAUUUGAAUAUGUUUAUAUAUUUUUAAAAUUUUGUGCAUAACAAAUUCUCGACAUUUCUUUUGAAAGCAAUGACCCAGUUUUGUUCACAAUAUAAUAUAAUCCAAAUGUGCAAAUGACUCAAAGAACGGCGAUAGUUUUCUUCAUCUUUGACAAUCACUCAAAUGUCUUAACCUAAACGUAGAUUAUAAAAAAACUUUUUCUUUUGUCAGCGUUAUUUUCUAACAUUUCUUUUUUUUUUAAUUUUUUUUUUUUUUACUAUCAAUGAGCAUUGUGUUGCGGAACAUUGUGUAUAACAUUAUGUAGUUAAGUUGCCAUGAGAAUAUUUACUUAUUCAAUGUAUAUUUAAAAGAAAGAAUUAUAUUAUUUGUGAUGAAAUGAAUCGUAAAUAUUCUUACAUUUACCGUCUGGAACGGCUGGUUCACAAUUAAAAAAGAAUAAUACAAAAAUG